GCAGUGACCAAUUAACCAACCAAGAUGGCCGCGAUGGCUGUUGCGAGACUCGGUGGACUGUCAAGUCGAUUGUUGAGGAAAAACACGGAGUGUUUGUACAGCGCGACGAGAUGUUACUCCGACACACCAUUGCCAUGGAAUUACGUGUGGAGACCGAAGAAAUACGAGGAGAAGAAUCACGAGAAGAUCGCCGAGAAGUAUAACUUGCAUCCGAAGGAGUACAAACCGUAUCCUCCGGAGAACUGUACCGGCGAUUAUCCAGAUCUACCCAUGAUAGGACCGGCGGCUAAAGAUCCGUAUUAUCCGUAUGAUAUACCAACCCUGAGGAAAAAUUAUCACGAGCCGUUACACUAUAACUUCGAAACAAUGGGCGAGGAUCGUUACAGUUACGGAUAUCCAUAUAGAUACGAUCCGGCUUUUGGAGCGCUAUGUUUUGUCUUAUUUGUAGCCGCCUACAUUGGACUUGUAUAUUUAUUCGAACCAUAUCCCACAGUUCAUCCGAGAUUGGAGCAGCAAUUCCCAGGGAAAGGUGUGCAUUACACAUUUGAGCCCGCCUCAAAGAAUUGAACAUGUGAGACGUGCGAAUAGUUCGAAAUAUAGACACAAAUUUUAUGUGAAACAUACGAAAAGCAGUGUCUGACUGUAAUAUAUGAACGUUAAUUGUAAUAUGUGUAAUAUACAAAACGCUUUUUCUUUGUUAUA